CGAUAAAAUUAUAUACAGAAAAGCAAAUAUCUGCCAAGUUGUUCUUAUCAAAAUUCUGAUAAAUUCUCUACUUUCUUUUCUCUUUUUGUUCUUUCUGGAAUUUAUACUGUGCCCACUUUCACAAAUCUAAAAGGAAUUAGUGGACCUCUGCCAUUUCCACCUCUUUUCCCCUUCCCGUAUUGCCAAUUCCUCCAUUAAAUACACCAAUAUCUUUCUAUUUUCAGGGUAUCCAUAAAUUUGAAUUUCCUCAUUACAACCCUUGUAAUCAUUCUCCCUGAAUUCCAGUUCCAUAUUGAAAACAACCCAGUUCGUCUCAAUGGCAUCGAAGAGAAUACUGAAAGAACUCAAAGACCUGCAGAGGGAUCCCCCAACUUCAUGCAGUGCAGGUAAAGGACCAGUAAUAUUACUGUUUGAAUAUAAUAUAUUGUUUGAUUCUUGUUUUGGAAGGUCAUGUGAUUUGUAUGUCUUUUCAGGUCCUGUAGCUGAGGAUAUGUUUCAUUGGCAAGCAACCAUCAUCGGUCCGAAUGAUAGUCCUUAUGCUGGUGGUGUUUUCCUUGUCACUAUUCAUUUCCCACCUGACUAUCCUUUCAAACCUCCUAAGGUUGCCUUCAGGACCAAAGUUUUCCAUCCUAACAUUAAUAGCAAUGGAAACAUCUGCUUGGACAUACUCAAGGAACAAUGGAGUCCUGCACUUACCAUAUCCAAGGUUUUACUAUCCAUUUGUUCACUGCUAACAGACCCAAAUCCUGAUGAUCCACUUGUUCCUGAAAUAGCUCAUAUGUGCAAGACUGACAAAGUUAAGUACGAGUCUACUGCUAGGAGCUGGACCCAAAAGUAUGCUAUGGGAUAAAAAAGAGAAAAACCCUGAAUUUCCACCUUCUUCCUUCUCCUUUAUAUGAAAUUUUCCAAUCAUCAAUUGGCCUUAUUACCUUAAUUAAGGAUUGAGAUUGCCUUGUGUUAAAUAAAAAAAAAAAAGUGCAUUAUAAGGCUAUUUAUAAUAACUUAUAAUUGAUUACUGUCUCAACGCUUGACCACUUCUGAGGUUAUGUCUCUCUUCCAUGACUGGACUGAUGUGUGUGUAAACUCCUACUAAACCUGCUCUAUAAUUCCUAUGAACAAGCUUCUGCAUUUUGUUUGUCA